AUGGGUGCAAGUUGCAAAGAUCAGAAGAAGGCAUUGGCUAUCUGCUUACAGAGGUCUCCUUGUGUAUUACUCGAUAGAAACACCCCCAAGGAGUGCUUGACGAACCCAAAGUUGAAGAUAGAUCUCCCUGAGCUUUGCGUAGCACAUUUCAGAGCGUUUAUGGAGUGUAGAGCAGGAAUCUUCGAUAUGAGAAAGCGUAUGGUUGGUAAUGCUCCAUUAUCUACAGGGAAGUACGAUGAAAUUUAUGAGAACUUAUCAAGUGGGAAUUUUGAUGGUCACGAAGAAAUGCGUAAGCUUGAUGUAUUGAACAGAAACUUAUCAAGACAAAGACAAGAGGCAGAAAAGAAGCUAAUGGAAGAGGGCAAAUUAAAAUAG